UUUCCCCUUGUUUUUAUCUCACUGCUAGAUGAGAAUAGUAAGUUGGACCUUCAAAUUUCCGCUGGGGAUGAUGAGCAUGUGUUCUCUUUGGAUCCCGCUGGCAGAUUAUGCCUGAACAGUGAGCUAGACAGAGAGAAGAAACCCUCCUACAAUCUGACAGUGACAGCCAGCGACCGUCCACAGAUCUUUUCUCAGCGAUUCACCAGCACAGCGCAGGUUAUCAUCUCAGUUCAGGACAUAAAUGACAAUGCCCCCGUCUUCACGGCCGCCCCGAGUGUUGCUAUUCUAGAGGAUUCUGCUCUCCACUUGCUCAUUACAACCGUCCACGCGCAGGAUGCAGACUCAGGGUCCAACGGAGAGGUGUUGUACUAUUUAAACGACUCAACCUCGAGCGCUUGGGUCAGUGUUCACAACACGAGCGGACACGUGCAUCUGCGGCAGCUGCUGGACAGGGAACGGGAUGAGGCCUUCACCGUCGCAAUAACAGCCGUCGAUAAGGGCUCCCCGCAGAUGGAGAGUACCAUGAACCUCACCGUGCACAUAGAGGAUGUGAAUGACCACCAUCCAGAGUUCCCACAGCGGUCUUACAGCCUGUCUGUGAGAGAGGACAUACCCAGGGGCAGCAGCCUAUUCCGGGCUCAGGCUUGGGAUGCAGAUCUGGGCGCCAACGGGGAAGUGCGGUACACACUUUCCCAGACAAGUCAGUUUGCGGUGGACGCUGUCCGGGGGGUCAUCAUAGUGAUGGAGGAGCUGGACAGGGAGAGGCAAUCCAAUUACACACUAACUGUGCUGGCCGGAGACAGAGGCAGCCCACCAAGAUCUUCUGCUGCUGUCAUAGACAUCUCUGUCUCGGACGUCAAUGAUUUCACGCCUGUCUUUUCCCCAGCGACACAGACAGUACAUGUCAUGGAGAAUGAGGAGGACCUCUCUCAGUUCACUCAGUUGAUAUCUGCAUGGGAUGAAGAUGCAGGCAUCAAUAGUCAGCUCACGUAUUGGACACAAAGUGGAAAUGAAGACAGUGUGUUCUCUCUCUCGCCCAAUGGCACCUUCCAUGUCUUAAACAUCCUAGACAGGGAGAAACAACCACAGUAUAUAUUGAGUAUUAUUGCUGUUGAUGCAGGUAAUUGA